AUGAGCCGCACUGAGUUGCUUUCGAAAUUUGACGAUUUGGUCAAGCGAUUUAAGGAGGAAUUUAAAGAAAUUGUCGAAGGCGAGAGAGCUAAAAUAAAGGCGGAAAUCGAAGCGUAUCAGGCCGAGAAGCAAAGAAUGAAAGCAGCGGACGCUAGCAAAAAUGAUAUAGUACUUCUGAACGUCGGUGGACAAAAAUUCACCACGACAAGAUCUACUUCGUGUCAAGUAGAAGGUUCCUUACUUGCCACCAUGUUCAGUGGCAGGCGGGAAGAUGGUCUGGAGCGUGAUGAAGAUGGCGCCGUAUUCUUCGACGUCAACCCACAGUAUUUUGGUUAUAUAUUUUGGAUUAUCUGCGCGCGAAGAAAAUCGCGACUCCUGAGAAUCCAGCACCAAUACCGAAAGUCCCUCAAGAUCAAGAGAAAAAUUUCAGGAAUCUUGUCGAAUAUCUCGGCCUAA